AUGAAGAGCAAUAAAGAAACUGCUGGUCCUCUUGUAGAAUUUGAUGACUUUGUUAGUAUUGUACUAGAAGAUGUCCCUGAGUUUGAAACCACACCAGAAGGAAGCAUGACUAAAUUAAAUCCAACUCUGCUAAAUGGAAAUGAUAUAACAAUGCUGGUUUCUGGAGAAGGAUCUGAGGUAUAA